UAUGAACACUAACAAAUAUAACAAAUCUUAAAAGAAAUGGGGAAAAAAAUAAUCCACUCUUCCGGGGACAUAGUUCUCAGAAAUCAAGCUAUUGCGGACCAGGAUAUCUCUGGCAGUGAUGACAGUGAGAGAGAGGAGGAUGAAAAUACUGUGCGAGGCAAUUGGACCAAUAAGAGGGAGUAUCUUCUCUCCAUGAUCGGUAUGGCUGUUGGCCUUGGCAACAUCUGGAGGUUUCCAUAUUUGGCGUAUAAGAAUGGAGGAGGGGCCUUCCUCAUUCCCUACUUUAUCAUGUUGAUCUGUCUUGGGGUUCCCCUCUACUUUCUGGAGACCGCUCUGGGGCAGUUCUGCAGCCAGGGCCCCAUUAACACAUGGAGCGCAGUGCCGCUGCUCCAGGGGGUUGGCAUGGCGGGGCUGAUUGGGAACGUGAUGGUUUCCAUAUACUAUGGGGUCAUCCUCUCCUACACUUUAUAUUACUUAUUUGCAUCCUUCCAGUAUCCCCUCCCAUGGACUAACGUCUUGGAUGGUGUGAACUGCACCAGCCCACAACAUGUGGCUGUCAAUGUAACCAGCAUGUCAGUGUCUAACUGGACCAGGGAAAACUGUUCCUGCUCUACCUCCAACAUCAUCACGAGUCUCACUGAGCAGUACUGGGAUCAGGUGGUCCUCCAACGAUCCAGUGGGCUUGGUGAGACGGGGUCGAUAGUCUGGCAGUUGGCCCUCUGUCUGCUGUUGAGCUCCAUCAUCAUUGCUGCAGUCCUGCUGAAAGGAAUCAAGUCUUCUGGAAAAGUUGUGUACUUCACAGCCACAUUCCCCUAUGUGGUGCUUACCAUCCUGCUGAUCAGGGGUCUGACACUAGAGGGCGCCAAAGAUGGAAUCGAUUUCUACAUUGGCUCGAAAUCUAAUCUGACUAAAUUAGCAGAGAUAGAGGUGUGGAGGGAUGCUGCCACUCAGAUCUUCUAUUCACUGUCUGUUGGAUUCGGGGGAGUCACAGCAUUGUCCUCGUACAACAAGUUUCAGAACAACUUGGUUGUGGACACCUUUCUAAUAUGCAUUAUUAAUUGUGCCACAAGCAUUUUUGCUGGCUUUGCCAUCUUUUCUAUAUUGGGGUACAUGGCUCACAUCUAUGGGAUUCCUAUUGAAGAGGUGACCAAGGAAGGAUUUGGUCUGGCCUUCAUUGUAUAUCCAGCUGCACUGGCUAACCUUCCAAUUUCACCUUUAUGGUCCAUCUUGUUCUUUUUAAUGCUCUUCACUUUGGGUCUUGACAGUCAGUUUGCUGGCAUGGAGCUGAUAACAACCUGCCUGCAUGAUGCAUUCCCUAAAUACAUAGAAAAGAAACGCGCAUUAAUCGCAAUAGUCACAUGUGCCUUUAUGUUUCUGCUGGGACUUCCAUGUGUUACACAGGCAGGAAUAUACUGGGUGACGCUAAUAGACCACUUUGUUGCUGGCUGGGUCGUGCUAGUUAUUGGGUUUUUAGAAGUUUUUGGCAUAUUCUACAUUUAUGGUGGCCGUCGCUUCAUUAAAGACAUUGAGAUGAUGAUCGGGACUAAGAGUGUGUGGUUCUGGCUGUAUUGGAGACUAUGUUGGUACUUCAUCACACCCUUCGUCACACUUAUAAUCCUGGUGUUGUCUCUGGCUAUGUCCAUACCUCCCACCUAUGGAACAGUAGAGUACCCUGCCUGGGGUUUGGACCUUGGCUGGUGCAUGGCUGUCUUUUGCAUUGUCCUGAUCCCUGCCACUGCCCUGUACAAACUGGCAGGAGCACAGGGAAGUUUCAGGAAGAGACUGAGGUUGUUGUGCUCUCCCUCUGAGGAUUGGCAUCCCUACCUGGACGUCCACCGAGGUGAACGAUAUUCGCAAGAACGCUUCCACACAGGAAACGUGGUUGAUGACGAACCAUCCUGCCGCACAUGCUGCCUCUCAUGACUGUUGUUGAUUUGUUUGUCUAUGCUUGCUAGUUUGUGCAUAUCCUGUCAGCUAUUAGUGAAAAGUUGCAUGACUCGGUUUGCUGCCUCCAUUAAAAAUAUGAGCACUUUAGAUGCGAAGAUUUGUUUAUAUUUUCACGUUUUAAUCAAUAAAUUGAUAAUGUAACCAACCGUUUUCUUACUGUAACCGUUUACAUCAUAUAUCACAUUUGCAUAAUUCUCUAUUUAAUAAAGAUUACUGGCGGUUCUGUUGUGGGGCUAGUAGACUAAUA